GGCUUGCAUUUGCCCUUCUUUUAAAACACCUCUAAUCAUCAGAUCAUUUCGACCUUUUUUUUACACACUCUUCCUAGUUCCAAUGAACCUUAACCUUUCUCCUAUGGAGCAUGUGAAGGAUAAGGAGCAUGAUGAGCAGCAGAAGGCCUUCAAUUUUGGCCUAAAUCACCAAAUUGUUUCUUGUUCUUCGUCUUCUUCUACAUCAUGUCGAAUUUUUUUCGAUCCAAGUGGUGAUCACGCGGGGUUUUAUCAUCCCCAAUUAUACCAGCCCCGGGAUGGGUAUUAUGAGUAUGAUAGAGGAUCAUCAUCAACAACAUCUUAUGAUAUCAAAAACAAGUUGGAAAUUGGAGUAAAAUGGAUGGCUUGGAAGAACGAUCGUGUAGCCGAAGCUGCGAGGCUUGAAGUUAAGCAGGUGAUGCGUUCGUCUUCAGUCGAGACUGAUCUGAGAUCAUCUUACAAUUGCGACGCCACAAUUAGGGUUUGCUCAGAUUGCCACACAACCAAGACCCCUCUUUGGAGAAGUGGUCCCAAAGGUCCCAAGUCUCUUUGCAAUGCAUGUGGGAUUAGGCAAAGGAAGGUGAGGCGCGCCAUGGCAGCCAACUGCGGAGGGGCACCCGAGGUCAAUGUGAAGGAGAAGACGGGAAAGAAACGGUGCAAAGUAGGUGGUGGUGGAUCAUCAACUAGUGGGAAGAAGAUGGAUUUUGAGGAUUUCUUGAGCCACAAAUUAGCAAUUCAUAGAGUUUUCCCUCAAGAUGAAAAGGUAGCUGCGAUCUUGCUCAUGGCCCUAUCUUCUGGCCUCGUUCAUGCCUAAUGUUUUAAUCAUCAAAUUCCAUUAUUAUUCACUGUUAUUCUUGAUUUAGACAUAUAGAGAGAAGUGUGAGAGAUUGGUUUAGCUUUAUUUUUUGUGAUCUACUAUCAGUUUGUAGAAGGUCCACCACUUAGAUUUUCUGGUUGUGAUUUUAAAUAAGAAGAAAUUGAUAUUUUUUAAA